CCACUUAGAAAAAACCAACGCAGCAAAAGUACGCUACCUUGCGCGGAACCGACUCCAAUUAGAAAAAAAGAAGUACGAAUAGUUUCUUCACAUAUUCUGGAAUUUCCCUCGUUUUUUAUCAAAAAACUCGAAAACCUAAAUCGUUGAGAAUUGGCAUUCCAAUCUGAAAGUUUUGAUUUUUUGUCCAAUAAAUUUCAAUGGAAGAAGAAGAGCCGGUGUUAUGGAAAGCAGAAUCCAGUUCUAUGCUGUCUUCCAUGGUUGGACGAGUAAUGAACACUCUGUUGAGUGCGCGACUGAAGAAACUUGAAGACGUCAUUGUUAAACUAGGCGAAACUCCAAAAUCAACUCUUGCAGCAACGCUUGAGGAUUCUUUGCGCAUAUUGAUCAAGUAUGUAAGAGAUUCUGUGGAUGAUAAGCAGCCAUUGGACGAAGUUAUUAUUCCUAUGAUUGAAAAUGUGUUGAGAUGCAAGGAGUCGAAGCGUCCAAAUCAAGCACUGAUACUUUUGAACUGGUUAUUUCAAGAUGAGUCUCUUUUUGUAGGACUUGGAAAAGAUCUUGUCAAUAUUGUGUCGAAAAGAGGAGAUCAUUAUAUUGCUCUUGGCUGGUGCAAGCUUGUACGCUCUCUUGUGAAGUAUGAGACAAAGAUGACAAGCUUUUCGAAGAGGGGUUUAAGGGAUAAUUAUCAAGCUUUAUUGAAGAUUCUUUCAUCAAGUAUUAUGCAUCUUUCGGAGAUGGUAAAUAAUGGUAGUGUGUUGCAGGAGGGUUUUGAAUUGCCGACUCGGCUUUCCGCAGCUGCAGCUGAUUGUAUACUGGUUCUCACUGAAGCAUUGACCCAUAAAGUAUCGGAUUCUGGCAGUUCAAAUGGGAAAGGAGCAUAUAAACCUAAUUUAUCAAUUAAGCGAACCAGCAUUCUUGAUGAGAAGAUGGUGGAUCAAAGUAAUAUGCCUUCUGCAGUCUCCGACAGCAUUGAUGGAAAAUUAUUGCUCUGGAAGAAUUUGGAUUAUCUCAUCAUUCUGGCUCAAAAACUUCAGUCUUGGAGCCAGAAGAGCCGGGCUUUACACGCAAAAGGAUUAGGACAAGUUCUCAGAUGGCUGCAGCAAAUAAGGAUUAGUUUCACUCAUGUUGAGGAAGGUUCUCAGUUUCAAACAAGUGGAGUAUUACUACUCUCCUCUUGUUGGAGACAUUACAGUAUGCUAUCCAUUCUAGAAGACACUGAAUUUUAUCAACAGUACGACAAGUUAGCUGAGCAGUAUGUAUCUGGAAUCAAGUUUUACUCAGAGGAUAAUUUCAAGGAUCAGGGGGAGAAUGGAGAUAGUUGUUUGGAGACAAAGAAAUUUUUCUUGAAUUGUUUGGCUCUUCUAUUGGGUCGCUUGGAUGACAAAAGGCUGGAAAGUUUGAUAUACUUGUCCGGACAACAAAUAUGUGGUGCUCUUUUUUCACAGCUUCACUCUGCAGAUGAAGAUGUGGUAGAUAUGGCUAUUUGCAUUGUUAGAUUUGUAAUCUUUAAGCUAGCUGGAAGCAGUUUCACCGACUCAAUAGAUAGCAAGGAAUUAGUACUGACGCUACUUGGUCAUCUUGAUGAGCUCGAUGGUGCUUCUAAAGCUGUCACUGUUCUCAUUGCUGAUAUUUGCUCUACAAGUGCAGAUGAUUGGUGUCUUAAUGAAGUUCUCAAGCGUUUAGCUUCAGGAAGUGUUUCUCAGAGGAGAAAUGCUGUCGAUGUCGUCUCGAAACUCAUCCAGACAUCAUCAAACUUGACUGAAGUGACCUUUAGUUCAUCCUGGGAAGAAAUAGCAAAUCAUCUAUUGAAUUGCCUUAAAGAUGAAGAUAGUUUGAUGCGUGAAAAGGCUAUGAGUUUGCUUCCACUUAUAGCAGAUCCAUCUUUAGUUCUGCCAGCUCUAGUUCGCUUGAUUUGUUCAAGUGAUGGAAAUAUGAAAUUAGCUGCCAGCAAUGCAUUCAUUCAAGUUCUUAGCAUCAACAAUAGAAGUUUUGAAGUUAUCAGUAUUUUGCUCGACUCCUUGAGUGGCCUCUCCAAUACAUCUGAUCAUGAAGAUAUUUCUGGAGGCAUCAUGGAAGGUACAUCUAAAUUUGAUCUUGAUGAAGUGUUCAAGCUAAUUCCAGAGUGGUCACAAACUGUUGAAGAUUGGAACUUGUUAGCUGAGCCACUUGUAGACAAGAUGCUUUCUGAGCCAACAAAUGUGAUCUUUGUUAGAUUCUUAUGUUGUAUAAAUGAGCAUCUGGCAGAUACUGCAGAUUUAGUGCUCGGACGACUUCUUCUACAAGCGCGAAAAAAGGAAGAGAUUAUUGGCUUAGUAGAUGCUGCUGUACAGAAGACCUAUAAGAAUGAUGUCUCGGAUAGCAUGAAAAAUGUGCUGUUUGAUCGCCUUUGUCCAUUACUUUUAAUUAAGAUGUUGCCUCUGAAGGUUUUUGACGAUUUCAACUGUAUGAAUAUGUAUAGUCCUACUCUGAAACAAUGUAUUGCGAGUGGUACAGAUCAUCUUGCUGUCUGUAAUUAUGAGUGUGUUGCCACAUUGCUCUUUAACCGGGCUUUUUGUCAGUUCGAGUAUGAAGAUGUGAGAAAAUUGGCUGCUGAGCUUUGUGGUCGCAUUCAUCCUCGAAUUCUUUUUCCUGUUGCCCUUUCUCAAUUACAAGGCGCUGCAGAAAGCAAGGAGUUCCUGAAGAUGAAAGCAUGCCUGUUUGCUAUAUGCACCUCGCUUGCAAUUAGGAGGUGGGAAUCAGCUUCUCAUCCUGAUGUAACCAAGAUAAUAAGAAUAUUGCAAGCUGUAUUGUUAUGGCCUUCUGUAGAAGGGGAUGAAGUUGUCAAGGUACAACAUGGGUGCAUUGAUUGUCUAGCUCUAAUGAUAUGCGCGGAAUUACAAGCUCCCAAAAAUGUGAGAAAUGCAGCAUCAGCAUACUCCUCUAUCAACCCGAACGCCCCAGUCAUACAAACUUCUGGUGGUCAUAAGACUCACACCCUAGGAAGCACAGUCCUUGCUUUUGUCAUUGAUAAUUUGGCCAAUGAUGAAGGCGAGACUAAUCUCACCUCCAGAGUGGUCAAAGAUACUGCAGACAAGACUCUCAUCUCUAUCCCAUUUCGUUUGUGCAUGGCCAAUGUCCUCAUUAGCACUUGUCAAAAAGUAUCAGAAUCUUGCAAAAAAACUAUUGCAAAAAAGAUUCUUCCUCGACUUGUUCGUCUGAGUCAGACCAUUCAAGAGGCAGAGAUCAGAGCUGCUUGCGUCCAGGUCCUGUUCUCAGCUGCAUCUCAUUUGAAAUGGGCAAUCCUUCCUUAUGGUCAUGAUCUUCUUAAAGUUUCAUUGAGUUCUCUUAAAAAAGAAUUGGAACAGGAAAGAAUGGCAGGAGCGAGACUGAUGGCAGCUCUAAUGGCAAGUGAUGAUGCAGUUAUUGAAAGCAUUUCAAUGGGAUUAGUGGAAGCGAGAUCCAUGUUGCUUCAUAUAUGUACUUCCGAUCCUUCGCCUCAGUUGAGACAAGUAUGCCAAAAACUGCUUGUAUGCCUGACUUCACAGUAGAGUUAUUGUAAGCUGUCGAAUUAAUUUCAGAAUUCAUUCGUAGGAUGUUAUAGCAACACUUGUGUAAAUAUUAAUAUCCUUUCAGUAACUCUAUAACAUCAAGUUAUCUGUUAAUCUUG